CAAUCAAUCUGUGUAUCAUGCGGAUGUUGCUUGGCUUUCUAGCGGCUAGCUAACGGCUAAUGUUGGUGCUGGCGAUUUCCGCACAACACUACCUAUACCGUCAAAUAUUACACAAAGCGAAGCUGCAGUCGGCUGUUCUGCUGUUGACGGUGUGCUUCAUUCCAGACAGCUUCAUUGUGUCUAGGACGAUGAAUGGAAACCCUCCUUCAGCUACAUGGAGAUGACCUACCACCCCUUUGGGAAUGGUCAGAAUGGGGCCAGAUGUGCCCCUUCUUAAUGAGUACAAGCAAGAGUUCUUCUGGAAGCGCUUCCCCCAGACGGUGUUGGGGGGUCCACGCUUCAAGUUGGGCUACUGUGCCCCACCGUACGUCUAUGUUAAUCAGGCAGUCUUGUUCUUGACACCAUGGCUUUUUGGGGGUAUUGGUACUCUGCUCUGUCAGCUGCAGCUGCUUCAGGAGCUCCACGCCGCAGUGCUCUCUGGUAUGCUUAUGUUCGGGGCUGCAGCGGGUGUCCAGGCCCUGGCACUGUAUGCUGCUCGCAGAAGCGGCACAGUGGAAAGACUUGGUGCGCCCAACAUCCUAGUUGAUGAAGAGGAAGUAGAAUUCACCCACUGUGUCAGCCCAGAGACAGUCCGAUUCAUUGCCCCUGGGAAGAGGUUUGGGCUCAAUGUGGUGUUGCAUACAGUACUAGCUGGGGUGCUCUGUGGCUUUGGAACAUGGUAUGUGUUCCUUGGCAGACUGACUGCUCUCUAUGGCAGCAUCGGUGUAUCUCUGGUAGUCUUUGUCUUGAGUUGGGUGACACUGUGUAUAGCUGAGUAUUCCCUCAUUAUAAAUACGGCCACAGAGACGGCAACUUUCCAGGCACAGGACACUUAUGAGAUCACCCCACUCACCCGGCCCCUGUACAUUUUUAUUUUCAUCGCCGUGGACUUGGCUGAUAGGUUCUCAGGGCCUGUCCCUGAACUUCAGCUGGCCAGCCAGGUUCUCCAUGUGCUGUUCCUCUUCCUACCUCUGUUGUGGGCACUAGGUAUACUGCCUCCCCUGGAUGCCCUGCUCCUCUGGGGCAUGGAGCAGGCUCUUGUGUUUGGCUUAGGAGGCUCGCCCAUGUCUAGCAACCUCAGGCUGCUGUUGAUGUUUGGUGUAUCCGCCGGCGUAGCUGUGUGUAAUUACUUCAUCCCGUCAACACUGGGUGUGGUUCUCUUCUCCAUCUCUACGGGAUUUCUGCUGAGCCUGGACCUCAGCCAGGUUGGUACACUCUGCAGAAGUCCCAGGGCGUCCUUCAGGGACCGUGGAUUUCACAGAGGGGGGUCGCCACCUCCUCCUCCCAGUUCUUUUGGCUGGAAUCUGGGCUGCAGGGAGCUGCUGCUAUAUUUGAGCCUGCUACUGGUGGCGAUGGCAGAGGCUGGACUGUUGCAUCACUUCCUCGGUUCAGCUCAGUCCCAGAGCUUGGUUAUGGGACCCCAGGCUCCUGUCAGCUACCUACUCCUCAUACUCUUCUGCCUUUGCUGGGCUCUCAGAGAAAUCCAGGGGGCCUAUGUGUUUGGAGGGGUGUUCCUCAAUCCCCUGUACCCUAAAGGGAUGUCCAGUGUACAGACUUUCAAGCAGAGGAACAGAGGAUUAUACAUUGCUGCAGCAAUCAGAAGAGUCCUUCUUUAUUUUGUGUCUCCAUUUGCAAUGAUUGCUUUCCUGUCUAUGGACAAAUCUCUGCAGCAGCUCCACAGGGCUUCUCUCAGUGUGGGAUUCACACGAGCUUUUAGAGUGGUGUGGCAGAGCUCAGAGGAUGCUCUGCUCCAAAUGGUGGUGGUGGUCUUGGUGCGGCUUGCAGCUGGAAGCAGCAUGCUGCCAGGGUGGGACAACCUAGGAACUGGAGUUCAGCUUCUUCUGGUGGGCCUCCUGAUUGACAGACUGACCCAGUUCCUGGCCAAGCUAAAGUUCACCCUGACUGUGUUGGUGACAUCUUGGACAGAGAAGAAGCAGCGACGUCAGUCGGCUGGAACUCUCUUGGCUCUGAAUGCCUCUCUAUGCCCGCUGCUGCUGGCGGUGGUGACUCUGUCUGCCUUGCUCUCUGCCCCUCUACUGCCACUCUUCACCCUGCCCAUCUUCCUAGUAGGGUUCCCCAGGCCUCAGCGCAGUUGGCCAGGGCCUGUAGGGACCGCCUGUCCCUGCCCAGACUCCAUCUUCUACCAGCAGAUGAGCGGAAGUCUGGCCUCAGCUCUGAGAGCAGCCUUUGCAAGAGGGUCACUGGGUUCUUUAGCCCCAGGCUCUCAUUUUCUUGGCCGCUUUCAGGACCGUAUGGUUUGGAUAAUGAUCCUGGAGAGAGGAUAUGGCUACUGUACAGUCAAUAUUAAGGGUCUAGAGCUGCAGGAGACCUCUUGCCACACAGUAGAGGCGAGGAGGGUGGAUGAGGUGUUCGAGGCCGCCUUUGAGCGCCCCGAGCGGCUCGGCUUCACCCAAGGGUGCAACCUGCACUGGGGGAACGCCCUCACCCCUUGUGCCGCUCUUGCAGUUCGAGUCUACUCUGACGCCCGAAAUGUGCUCUCUGGCAUCAUCGACUCUCACGACAACUUGAGGAAACUUCAGGAUGACUUUCUCAAAGCGCUGGUCUGGUUGCUCCUUCGAUACUGCGUUCAGAAGCAUAAAGGAUUUCUGUGGAGCAGUGAAGAAGGGCCAGGGGCCGGAGGCAGGAAGUCCCAGUCUUCCCAGUUGGCUCAGACUACCUGCAACCAGCCCCCUGAGGCUGUCAUGGUGGAGUCCAAUGUGUCUUCUCUCAGGUUUAGGCAGGACAGCUCCAGCUUGACCUCCUUUGGCGACUGGUCAGAUGAGGAUGACUUAUUUGGACCUCAACCAGCCAGGCGGACAGUGGCAUUAGUGACUGCUGAGGCCCAGCCUGGACACACAACGCUGCAAUCAGGGGCCUCUCUGCCAGGCUCUGUGGAGAUGGACAGUCUUUUUGAAAACAUGGCUCUCUCUGCCUUGCAGCCUCUGCAGCCUCUGGGUCUGGGCAUUGGGAUGCCAGCGGUAGACAAAGGUCGAAACCCAGAGGUCUUCAGAGAGAGUCCCGGCUCUCUCCCUCAUCUAAACUUCAGCUGCCCUCAGUCGGAGGUGUUCAACCUCCCAACAGGGUGGAGGACAGCACCGUUGCUACCAUCCCGCCUGCUGCAGCUCAGGCCUUUGUUUCCCGAGGACUGGUUUCGGUUUACAUUGGGGCGCUUUGGGCCCGCCGUGCAGGGUGAGACCUCAGAGGACAUGACCAAAGCCCUGAAGGAGGAUGAAGCUUUGAAAGAACUGCACGCUCAGGUCGCACUUUCAUGUCUCGUCUCACUGGGGGCAGAGUCAGCCUUCACCAGCCCCAGUUAUGUCUACAGGCUCUACUGUGGAGAUGUACCAUGGACAGAGGGACUUGACUGGCUCUCCUCAAGUAAAGAACUUUACCAGCUCGCUCUUCGUGCUUUCAGGUUCAGUUUCAAGCUACUGUUUGAUCAAGCAAGCUUAGGGCCAAUGGAGUCCCUUGAGGAAUUGUUCAGCACCUUGGAGGAAUAUGAAAGGGACUGGUACAUUGGCCUGGUAACAGAAAAAGGCUGGCACGACAGUGUCCUUCAGGAGAAACCCUUCCUAUUCUCUCUAGGACAUGACCUCGCUAUGGGUACCUACACGGGGCGAGUCCUGUCCCUGCAGGAGCAGCUGGUGCAGGUGGGCCGCCUGAACGGAGAAGGGGUAAGAGGUCAGUGGGCAAACCUUUCCUGGGAGCUCCUGUACGCUACUAAUGAUGAUGAGGAGCGAUACAGCAUUCAGGCUCAUCCCUUCAUGCUAAGAAACUUAACUGUUCAGGCAGCUGAUCCCCCUUUAGGAUACCCCAUUUACUCCUCAGCCCCCCUUCACUUCCCCUGCCUCUGAGCAUGAGAGCAUACUCUGAAGACGGUGCUUUUCACUCGGUACUCCCACAGCAGAGCAUCUGUUUCCAGAGUUAACGGUUAUUAGGAAGUUUAUGUGGAAACUAUAGCAAAAUCAAGAGAAAACUUCAUUCAGUUUUGGAGUUUUACUUUUGAAAUUGUCGACUCAUAUGAGUUCAGAAGAGAGCGAUGUCUGUAUGGGAACUUACAUUAUUAUUCAACAUCAAUUUGACUUUUUUGGUGCUCCAUUUCCUGCACCACAGAAGAAGAAGCAGUGGUAUCACCACUGUACAAGUUGCAAAAUCUUUACAGAUUUUAACUGGCAUUGUGGACUACUUCCUAGAACAGUCCAUUCAAAAGGAGAAAUUCCCUUUGAAUAUUUGUAUCUUGGAAGAGCUGACCACUGAUAGGAAGCACAUGGGUUUUGUGGUUUGUUUAUUAACGAUUGUGCUUAAAAAGAAGUGAAUAAAUUUACCCACCUCCCCUCAAGGAGACACCUGCUGAAUACCUCUGGUUUUAUUGUACUUUUUAGAUUCCACAUUUUUCAGGUGAUCUCGCGUCCACAUCCACAAAAAAGGGACAAGAAUUUUAAUGUUUUGUCAAAAAUAUCAAGGAUGUGCCUUGGGUAUGUCUUGCUGUAUGUGUAAGGUGUUUAGUGCUAUUGUUUUGUUUACAACUCACUUGUUUACAAUUUAGAAUGAAGAGUUAAAUGAAUAUGUCCAUAGUCUCUUGUACAUAUUGUUGAUUUUUAUAUGUGUAACUGUAUAUACUUAUAAUAAAAUAGCUUGGCAGAAA